AUGUCAGAUGGACAGCCCGAGUGGACCAACGCGGCCGCAGCGGCGUUGCAAGAGGCCGUUGCCACGGCGCGCAAGCACAGCAAUGGCUACCUGGACCCCGUCCACCUGGCGUACGCGCUCUUCAAGGACGAGAACGGACUCCCCUCGCGCGUCCUGAAGAAGCUUGGGGCGGGGGUAGUGUUGGACGCCUUCAUGGGCCGCAUUGAGGCAGUCCCCACGCAAAGCCCCGCACCGACGCAGCCGCGCCCCAACACCGAUAUGACGCGUGUGCUAAACACCGCGGAGCAGAAGCGGGUUGCGUUGGGUGACACCCUCCUUGCCGUUGACCACCUCCUUCUCGCGCUGUACGAGAGCAAAGACGUGGCCAAAAUCCUCAAUGCCGCUGGCGCCGGCAGCAAGGCGGUGGAGAAGGCCUUGGUGGAGCUGCGCAAAGGAAAGAAGGUUACUUCCGAGUUUCAGGACCAGAACUACGAGGCGCUCUCCAAGUACGCCACGGACCUGUGCAAGCAGGCGGAGGAAGGCAAGCUGGACCCGUUGAUUGGUCGGGCCGAUGAGGUCUUGCGCACCAUCCGCGUCCUCUCGCGGCGAACGAAAAACAACCCGAUCUUGAUUGGCGAAGCGGGCGUUGGCAAAACCGCCAUUGUGGAGGGCAUUGCGCAGCAGAUUGUCCGGGGCGACGUGCCAGACACCCUCGCUUCUUCACGCAUCUUUUCUCUGGACCUCGGCGCGCUCGUCGCCGGCGCGAAAUACCGUGGCGAGUUUGAGGAGCGCCUCAAGAGUGUCCUGAAUGAAGUGCGGGAGAGCUCCGACACCAUCAUUCUCUUCAUUGACGAAAUCCACCUUGUGCUCGGGGCGGGCAAGUCGGAGGGCGCAAUGGACGCGGCGAACCUUCUGAAGCCGAUGCUGGCACGCGGGGAGCUGCGCACAAUUGGCGCAACCACCCUGGAGGAGUACCGCCAAUACGUCGAGAAGGACGCGGCCUUUGAGCGGCGCUUCAUGCCAGUGCACGUAAAGGAGCCAAGCCUGGAGGAGUGCAUCAGCAUUCUCCGCGGGUUGAAGGAGCGUUACGAGACACACCACGGCGUUCAGAUCACGGACAAUGCGGUGGUGGUUGCCGUUCAGUUGGCCGACCGCUACAUUACGGGUCGCUUCAUGCCCGACAAGGCCAUCGACCUUAUUGACGAGGCGUGUGCGAACGUGCGUGUGCAGCUCAGCUCACGCCCGGAGGAGAUUGACCAGCUGGAGCGCAAAAAACACCAGCUGGAGAUUGAGGCAAAGGCGCUUGAGCGUGACAAAAAGGAAAAGUCGUCGCAGGAGCGAUUGAAGGCCGUCAGGGGGGACAUUCAGCGCGUGGAGGAGCGUCUCCAACCACUACUGGAGCGAUACAAUGAGGAGCGCAAGCGCAUCGAUGAGCUGCAAGAAAUGCAAACCCGCCUUGACGAGAAAAAGACGAAGCUGGAGCGGGCUGAGCGGAUGCGGGACAUGGAGCUCGCCGCCGACCUCAAGUACAAUGCCAUACCCGCCAUUCAGGACCGCAUCCGCUCGCUGAAGGAGGAGAUUGAGAGGGAGAAGGCCUCCAUGGUGCAGGAGAAGGUGACGGAGGUGGAAGUUGCGGCGGUGGUGGCCCGCUGGACGGGCAUUCCGGUGGCAAAGCUGAGCAAGACCGAUCGUGAGCGACUGCUGCACCUCUCGGACCACCUGCACCGCCGCGUGAAGGGGCAGGAUGAGGCGGUGCAGCGCGUCUCCGAAGCCAUUCUGCGCUCGCGCGCGGGCCUUUCGCGGCCGCACACUCCCACCGGCUCCUUCCUCUUCCUCGGCCCAACGGGCGUCGGCAAAACGGAGCUGGCGAAGGCGGUUGCUGUUGAGCUCUUCGACGACGAGAAGCACAUGGUGCGCAUCGACAUGAGCGAGUACAUGGAGCAGCACGCUGUCGCCCGCCUCAUUGGGGCGCCGCCGGGCUACGUGGGCCACGAGGAGGGCGGGCAACUCACGGAGCCCGUGCGCCGUCGGCCGCACACGGUGGUGCUGCUCGACGAGGUGGAGAAGGCCCAUCCCUCCGUAUUCCACGUGCUGCUGCAGGUGCUGGACGACGGCCGGCUGACGGACUCGCACGGCAGGACCGUCGAUUUCAGCAACGCCAUCAUCAUCAUGACCUCCAACCUCGGGUCGGAGCACCUGGCCCACGUGGGCACCUCGCCAAAGGCGUGGGAGGCGACACAGGAGAAGGUGAUGCAGGUGGUGCGCAGUUACUUCCGCCCGGAGUUCAUCAACCGCCUCGACGACAUUGUGCUCUUCCGCCGGCUCGGCUUUGGGGAGCUGCACGACAUCAUCGACCUUAUCAUCGCGGAGGUCAACGAGCGGCUGAAGAAGCAAGACUUUGUGCUGGAGAUAACGGAUGAGGCGAAAAAUUUUGUGCUGGAGAAUGCCUUCGACGCCGAAAUGGGUGCCCGCCCGCUGCGUCGUUGGGUCGAGAAGCACAUCACCACCGAGGUGAGCCGCAUGAUUGUCGCGCAGCAGCUGCCGCCUAACAGCACCGUGAAGGUGUCGGUCAACGGCAGCCAGGGCAAACUCGCCUUCAUGGUGAAGCGCUCCUCGUCGUCGUAA